CCUACUAACCCCUCUCUGUCUCUCCAAAUCCCAAACAUAUAUAUAUUGCUGUAACAUGACAUCCACACCACCACAACACAAAGACAAAACCACAAGUGUGAGCCACAUAGUUCCUCCUAGCAACAACCAAUAUGGCCAACAACAAUAGCAAAACCAUAAAAGACAUGACAUUCACAGGUGUGGGAAACCUCGUAAGGCUCCUCCCAACAGGCACAGUCUUCCUCUUCCAAUUCCUCAACCCUGUCCUCACCAACAAUGGCCACUGCCACCCACUCAACAAGUACUUCUCCGCCACUCUCACAGCCAUUUGUGGCCUCUCCUGCUUCCUCUCUUCCUUCACAGACAGUUACACAGACAGCAAUGGCAAUACCCACUACGGCAUUGCAACGAUGAAGGGUCUUUGGCCAUCAUCCUCCAUGGUUUCUUCUUCUGAUGACUUGUCUAAGUAUAAGCUUCGGUUUGGAGACUUCGUUCAUGCCUUUUUUUCUUUGACUGUGUUUGGUGUGGUGGCUCUUUUGGACUCAAACACUGUGGAUUGUUUUUAUCCGGGUUUUGAGUCGACUGGGAAAACUUUGCUUAUGGCUGCGCCGCCUGUUAUUGGGGCGGUUUCUGGGUCGGUGUUCAUGUUGUUCCCUAGCAACCGCCAUGGCAUUGGGUACCCUUCAAGUCCGUCUACAGACGAGUCUUAGUUUGAGUCACCAGUGCACGAGACUCCAUAUAAUUACCUUGAAAUUUAAAUCUCAAUUUCAUAGCCACACACUAAAUAUGCAAAAUAAUCAAGCUUAAAAAGUGGCUUGCAAAAUUACUCAAAAAUGAAGUGCUAUAUAGAUUCAAACGUAAUGUGACGUGGGUCAUAUUUAAUUUGAUCUAACACUUCAUUUUUUUUUAUUUUUUUUAUUUUUUAUGAAAUAAUCAGUGAUGUUUCAAUAUGUAUAGUGUGUGAUAUUAUACAUUAAUACUGUAUAAUAUAUGAAUUGAUGAGGUAAUGUGUCUUGCUUUGCU